AUGUCAGUCUGGAAGACACUCGGUGCUAGUCUCCACUCCAGUAGAACUGGACUGAAAUUAACAAGUCCACAACUACAAGCUUCUGUUUUGUUGCGACCAGUAUCAAAGAAGACGUACGCGUGGCCAGAAUUGAAGGAAGACGACAUAGAGGAAGAGUUUAUUCGAGGAAGUGGACCUGGGGGACAAGCUGUCGCAAAGACCAGCAACUGUGUACAACUAAAGCAUAUACCUACAGGCAUUGUUGUUAAAAGUCACGAGACACGAGCACAGUCCGAGAACCGGAAGAUAGCGAGACAGAAACUUGUAUACCAGCUGGAUAUACUGUACAACAAGGACAACAGCUUUGAUGCUAUAAGCAAGAGAGAGGCCGCACAACAGAAAAAAUCCAGGGAGAACAAGGCCAAGAAACGGCAGGAAUUAAAGAAAGAAUUUAAAGCAAGAGAAGGUUUAGAUUAA